GGAGGGUAGAAGAGUAGAGGGCCAAGGGGGGAGACGGGAGGGACCCCCACCACCUUUAAGGGAUGAAUCAAAGAGGAUGCUGGAGAGGUGGCCAAAGGCAGGAGAAAAGCCAGGAGUUGAGGGGUCAGGAGCCUAGGAGGAAUGGUCAACGGUAUAAAUGCAUGUGGGGAAUGGAUGCAGCGCAAGUAGACCAGGGGGACCUCGGGGAGCUGCUCCAGGAGGAAGUGCACCUUAGUGAGGUCUGAGGUGUGGGCAGCUGUUCAGAAGGGAGAAGUAAAUGUGAGUAGAGACAGCUAGUAAAAUGCCCCGGCACCCAAAAUGGUCUUUGGGGAGAAUGAAGCAAGACAGCUGGAGGUGGGCCUCACUGACGAUCAGAGCUUUAUUCAGGCUUCUAGGACACUAAUCGUUGCAUCCGGGUGUCCUUAUUAAACAGCGAGGGACGGGACCAAGCCUUCUUCCCCUUUGCGCCAACACCGAGCUACCGCAGUGCUCAGCCAGUGUUUACCUGGGUACCUCUCUGCUCCGCCUGGAGCCCGGAGGUGGGCCCCUGGCCUCAGGGAAUCUUCAGUCUAACGUUAGGGCUAAGCCGCGACAGCACAAGCUCGGAGUAGCACCCGGUACUGCGAGGAUUUGCGGGAGGAGGUGGGAAGGGAGGGUUAAGAAAGGUUUUCCUGAUCCUUGCCAGAAGCGGGCUGUUGAGAGCAGACCGGGGAAAUGGAGAACACUCUGGGCGGAGGGGACAACAGGGCCCAGGCGUAGAGCUGGAAGAGCGGAGAGACUCUCCUCCCAAGGCUGUGGGUGUUCCUGGUGGGGCAAGGGCUCAUCUGCAAGUUUCUGCCCAGGUGCCCGCGAGCCCACUUGAGGGCACGAGCCCCUUUCCGCGGCCGGGGAGGCGGGGCUGGCCUAGCCCCGGGCUACACCCCUCCCGCACCUCCCGGAGCUGCUGGGCCGAGCUCAGGAGGAGGCGGGGCGCGGCGCGGGCGCUUCCGGGGAGGGGGCAGUGCUCGGGCCGGCGCCACACUUCCCCUCGGCUAGGGCGGUUGGCCCCACGCCCUAGUCCGCACCACACGGUCAGCACCGCAGCCCGACCUGGUCCCUGCGCAGGGGAUUGGUUUGAACUCUCCAGAUCCUGCAAAGAGUGAGAAAGCAGUCCUCGUCAGUUGCUCUACAGAUCUAGAUCCAAGCUCUCCACCAGCCCUUCAUCUGCAGCUCUGUGUUGGAUCAGGCCAGGCUCUGCUCCACAGCAUGUCCCCCCAGAAACGGAAGCUGAAAGAGCCUCUACCAUCAGGGACAUCCUGGUCAUUGUGGUGGGAAGAGAACAUGCACCUACACAGGAAGUCUCUGUAAAGAGCUGCCUGCCAGCUGCCCUUCCCCAGAUCCCAGAUGCACUCCAGGUAGAGCAGAGAGCAGUCACUCUACUGGUCAUGCUGAGCUCAUAUUCUGAUGGCUGUUCCAUGAGAUCAAUACUGAGUCCCCUCCCUCCUGCUUUACCAAUGCCUGGUCUCAUGGGGUUAGUUGUGAACCCAACACUAUGGCAUCAUCCUCCUCCUUUCCAGCUCCUGGCUCCCGGUCCAGGAAGCCUCUGGGCAAGAUGGCUGACUGGCUCAGGCAGGCCCUAUCGAAGAAGCCCAAGGAGAUGCCUGUGUCCCAGGAAAGCACCUCCAGUGACGCUCCACAGACGAGAUCGCAGGACAGCUCCCCACCCCCGGGCCUCAGCUUGGCCACAUCGGUGGUGUCUCCCGACCUGCCACCUGCACACGAGGCCGCCUCCAGCAGCAGCAGCAGCAGUGGCCGCUGGAGCAGGGACUACGACGUGUGCGUGUGCCACAGCGAGGAGGACCUGGCGGCCGCGCAGGAGCUGGUCGCCUACCUGGAGGACAGCUCCGUGGGCCUGCGCUGCUUCCUGCAGCUGCGCGAUGCGGCCCCGGGUGGCGCCAUCGUGUCCGAGCUGUGCCGGGCACUGGACAGCAGCCACUGCCGCGUGCUGCUCAUCACGCCUGGCUUCCUGCGCGACCCGUGGUGCCGGUACCAAAUGCUGCAGGCCCUGAGCCAGGCCCCGGGUGCAGAGGGCCGCAUCAUCCCCCUGCUUGCGGGCCUGGCCAGGGCUGCCUAUCCCGCGGAGCUACGCUUCAUGUACUUCGUGGAUGGCCAGGGCCCCGAACGUGGCUUCCGCCAAGUCAAAGAGGCCGUCCUGCGCUAUUUGCAGACCCUCAGGUGAUACGUCUUACAUCACCAUGGGACCCAGAAAGUAGGCACAAAGCUGGAAAUCAAGUUAGAGAGCCCAGGGCCUUGGGUCCAGCAAGUAUAACGAUGCCUGAGGAGCCAGAGUUGGCAGCACAUUGUAUGUGAUCCUGGGAUCAGAUUGCCCAGCAGGGCUCCCUUCCUGUGGGCUCCCUAUGAAGGUCCUGGGGACUCCCCCAGGGAGUUUAUGGAGAAGUUGGGACUCCCCCAGGAAGGCCAAAAUGGAGCUGGGGACUCCCCCAGGAAGGACAAAAGGAAGCCGGGGACUCCCCAGGAAGGCCAUGAGGAAGCCAGAAACUGGAGGUAGUAGUAGAAGAAGGUGCCCAUACCAAGAUGACCACCAGUGUUUCACCUCCUGCCUAAUUGGACAUGAGUUUGGCACAUCCCCAUGUCUUCUUCUCCCGGGGUUGCACACUGGUGUAGAGAUGCAUUCCACCUGAAGAGAUGACUCACCCGAUGAAUGAACUAGAAGCCUAGAGCACAUGCCUCAGCAUCGAUGGUUUUACCAGUUUCCUGGGAAAGCCCUGGAACAGACGUCAGGAGAAAGCCACAGGUAUCGAUUUCUUCACAGUCACACUGCUGCUCUUCUUUCCUCAUUGUUCACUGGAGAAAUCUACAUGAAAGAUGCACUCAGCACCGAACUGUAUUUAUUUUUACUGCAUGCAUGUCAUUAAAGACCAAACCUAGAAGCCAUUCUGAAUAGACAGAAGAAGGCAGGGAGCAGGUGGGAUGAUGAGAAGGAAGGCUCAGACCUUUUUCCUGGGACCAAAAGCCUGCUCACAGAUGUUUUGACAUCAUCAAAACACAUUAGGGGUCUGGCUAGAACUCACGCUAUACAGUAGCUUCUUCACCUCUGCACUGAGAGGAACCAGCACUUUUCUUCUGGCAGAUGAUGGUGUACCUUGUAAGAGAGGCAAGGUUUCAUUCAUCUGUUCUCAAUAAGUUUGUUGUUGAACCGAAAUGAAUUUCUUGUUCUCCCAAUAUGUAUUUUCCUGCCUCUUCUCUCACUUCCCCCUUCCAUGGUCCCUCCCUUUCCUGAAAACAAUUUAUACAUAUAUAUUUUUUAACUGAGAUACAUUGGCAUAUAACAUUAUAUUAUUUCAGGUAUAUGAGUCGGUAUUUGUAUAUAUUGUGACAAAAUGUUAUAUUUUUAAUUAUGAAUUAUUACAAAGGAUGAAAGCAUAUUAUAAUGUACACUCAUGUAUCUACCACCUAGCUUAAGAAGCAAAACCUUACAAUUGCUAGGGUGCACCGUUUGUGCCCUUAAUUAUUCUCCUACUUCCUCAUACCAGAAAUAACCACUACUCUGAAUUUUGAAUUUAUCAUUCUUAGCUUUUGUUUAGAAAUUUAUUACAUCUGUAUGUAUCCUUGACAACAUAUUUACUUUUACAUGGUUUUAUACUUUACAUAAAAAUGUUAUGUUUGUGUUCUGAAAAUUCCUUUUUUUUGUUUAUCAUGUGUUGUAAGAUUUAUCGAUUAUUGAGGCAUGUAACUUCAGUAAAUUCACUUACAUUCCAUUAUGUAAAUAUACCACUAUGUAGUCAUACAUUUUUCUACAAGUGGACAUUUAGUUGUUUCCAGUAUCUUUGCUAUUAAAAACAAUGAGCCUGUGAA